AUGACCGACUAUAAGGUGGCUGAUAUCGGCGAAGCUGAAUUUGGUCGUAAGGAGAUUACUCUCGCUGAAGUCGAGAUGCCUGGUUUGAUGGCUAGCCGCAAGGAGUUUGGUCCCAGCCAGCCGUUGAAGGGUGCUAAUAUCACGGGUUCUCUUCAUAUGACUGUUCAAACAGCUGUACUCAUCGAGACUUUAAAGGAGCUUGGUGCCAAUAUACGUUGGUGUAGCUGCAAUAUCUACUCCACUCAGGAUCAUGCUGCGGCUGCUAUUGCUAAAGCUGGGUCUGCCAAUGUCUACGCUUGGAAGGGAGAGACUCUCGAAGAGUAUUGGUGGUGUACUGAGCAGGCUUUGACUUGGCCCCAUGCUGAUGGUCCUGAUCUCAUUGUUGAUGAUGGUGGUGAUGCUACUUUGUUGAUCCACGAGGGUGUCAAGGCUGAGAAGGCUUAUAAGGAGAGCAAGGUCAUUCCUAAUCCUGACGCCGAGGGCAAUGCCGAGUUUAAAUGUGUGUUGACAAUCCUCAAGCAGGGUAUUGAACGCGGAGAGCUGGACAAGUGGACAAAAAUGGCGUCUAAGAUCGUUGGUGUGAGCGAGGAGACUACCACUGGAGUCCAUCGGCUCAACUCGAUGGCUGCCUCUGGGGCUCUGCUUUUCCCUGCUAUCAAUGUCAACGACUGCGUGACGAAGAGCAAGUUCGAUAACGUCUAUGGAUGCAGGCAUUCUCUCCCUGAUGGAAUUAUGAGAGCUACUGAUGUCAUGAUCGGAGGGAAGACUGUAUUUGUUGCUGGUUAUGGUGAUGUGGGUAAGGGAUGCGCUGUUGCUAUGAAAGGUUGUGGUGCCAAGGUUCUCGUAGGCGAGAUCGAUCCUAUCUGUGCCCUGCAGGCUUGCAUGGAGGGACUCACUGUCACUACUAUCGAGGAGGCCAUUUCCAAAUACAAUGCGGACAUCUUCAUAACGGCUACUGGCAACAAAGAUAUCAUAACUCUUGAACACAUGAAGGCCAUGAAGAAUAACGCUAUCGUCGGUAAUAUCGGUCACUUUGAUAACGAAAUCCAGAUGGAGAGGUUGGAGACCUGCCCCGGCGUCAAGUGCAUGAACAUCAAGCCUCAAGUUGACCGCUUUGAAUUUCCCGAUGGUCACGGUAUCAUCAUGCUGGCGAGCGGUCGUCUACUCAAUCUUGGCUGUGCUACUGGCCAUCCUAGUUUUGUUAUGAGUUGUUCCUUCACCAAUCAGACCUUGGCUCAGUUGGAGUUGUGGGAGAAUAGGGAUACGAAGUAUGCCAAGGACAAGAGACCUGGUGUAACUCUUCUGCCCAAAGUUUUGGACGAGAAAGUUGCUAGGCUACAUCUUCCGGCUCUCAAUGCCAAACUGACUCAGCUGACUCCCGACCAGGCAUCCUAUAUUUCCGUCAACGUCGAAGGUCCUUUCAAAGAGGUCCAUUAUCGUUACUAG